AUGGCAGCCGCAACUCCGUCCAGACCACCAAUCGCUUCCCCAAUGCCGUCCAUAUCAACAUCUGCUUCAAGUUCUCUGGCACCUUCAAGCGACCAGCCAGGUGGUCGUGUUAUAAUCGCAAUGGCAGUCAUCAUAUUUGGCUUUUGGAAUGUCCCCGUUGUCCGUAACUGCAUCAAUCCUCUCAAACUAUUCACGAUCGGAUGGCACGAACUGUGUCACAUAGCAGCAGCAAUACUUUCUGGUGGUCGAAUAUUAAAAAUCACCAUUGAUCCGCAUGUUGGCGGUGCUACAAUCGUCGAAGGUGGCAGUCCAGGCUUCACCUUAUCAGCAGGCUACAUAGGUUCCACACUGCUUGGGGGCGCUUUCAUUCUUGCAGGAUGGGAUACGUUGGUCGCCAAGAUUUUGAGUUUUGUCUUGGGUGUUGGUUUGGUGCUGCCACUGGUACUGGUUCGAGAUAAACUCACAAUAGUAUUAACGAUUUUUUAUGAAGGUCUAUUGAUUGGCUUUUGGUUUGUUGACCAUGGCCAAGCGUUACGCUGGUAUUGCCUAUUCGUUGGCGUAAUGAACAUCCUCUUCGUUAUUUGGGAUGUUGCUGAUGACCGAUUCUUCCACAAAACAAAUGAUUCCGAUGCCACACAAUUCUCUAUCCUCUACCCAAGCAUUGGGGCUCAUAUAUGGGCAACAUUUUGGAUUCUAUUUCAGCUCGGUUUUCUCGCAGGCUUUGCCAUAUUGGGCAUCUAUGCAUUCAAGUUAACAAACGAGCAGAUGGAUGCUCAGGCAGGUAAGGUGCAAUAUAACUGGAUAGACGGGACGCCAAUGAUAUGUUUACUCCCAAGCGCUGUUCCUGCCUACAUGACAAGGCCCCCAGCACCGAAAAACUCGCUGAGCUUUAUGCACUCUGAAACUGCAUAA